GUUUUAUCUGUCACCGUGUCAAAAGUACCAACAAUGGCGGCGGACGGUGACGAUGUGAUUAGUGAUCAGGAAAAAGUGAGAAUUGUUUCGGAUUUUAUACUACAUUCGCCUCCGGGAGAGUUCAACGAAGUGUUUAAUGAUGUGAGAGUGCUGCUGAACAAUGACACGCUGCUCAAGGAGGGCGCGAGCGGCGCGUUCGCACAGUACAACAAGGACCAGCUCACGCCCGUGCGCCUCGAGGGCUCGGAGCUGCACACGCUCAUCACCGACCACAACGAGCUCGGCGGCGGGCGCUUCUUCGACCCGCGCUCCAAGCGCUCCUUCAAGUACGACCACUUGCGCAAGGAGGCGUCCGAGUACGAGCCCUACGAGCCGGACCGCGCGGCCGAGCCGUGGCGCGCCGCGCUCGACGUGGAGCUCAGCAACUACGUGGCGGAGCACUACAAGCACGGCGCCAGCCUGGUGGUGGGGCGCGCGCUGGAGUCGGGCGCCGUGGCGCUGGUGGCGUGCAUCGAGCACCACCAGUUCCAGCCCAAGAACUACUGGAACGGGCGGUGGCGCUCCGUGUGGGCGCUGACGGUGGGCGGCGGCGCGGCCGAGCUGCGCGGCAUGCUGCGCGUGCAGGUGCACUACUACGAGGACGGGAACGUGCAGCUGGUGAGCAGCAAGGAGGUGCGCGCGCCGCUGGCGGCGGGCGGCGAGGCGGGCGCGGCGCGCGAGGCGGUCCGGCUGCUGGCCGAGGCGGAGGGCGCGUACCAGACGGCCAUCUCCGACAACUACAAGACCAUGAGCGACACCACGUUCAAGGCGCUGCGCCGGCAGCUGCCCGUGACGCGCAGCAAGAUCGACUGGGCGCGCCUCGUGUCCUACACCAUCGGCAAGGAGCUCAAGAGCCAAUGAUGUCCCGCCGCUGCGCUCUGAGCUGCAGCGUCGCUCCCGCCUCUGUACAUAUUCUCGUGAGAGUAAAUCUUGUUCAGAUGUGCGCCGCCUGGGCCCCGCUCUCGGCGCGUAUUUAUCUAUGAGUAUAGACAAAUCGCUAUUGUAACUGUUAAAUUUUAUUGCAUUUUGUUACUCUCGUGAAAGGAUAUUGAAAGCUUCAUUGUCGCCGCUGCAGUGGCAUUUAUACUGUAGGGACUUUACAACCGGACAGUAGUUAACUGUUCAGUGUUCAGUUGUCAGAUUAUACACAGCUCUGCUUCUGGUUAGAGUGUGGACUGUUCCACGGCAGAUUGUAGGUCUGCCGGAAAACAUUUACACACAUUUUGUUUUACAAAAAUAUGAUUGUUGUAAAGAGUGAUUGUUGUGUAAGCAAUAUGAAGCUGAAUCAGUUUAUUUUGGUUGAUAAAUGUGUCAAUUACAAAGAAUUAUAUGUUAAAGUCUUAUAACUAUUGCCUCAACAGUAAACUACCUAACAUGCUUCAAUCUUAGUCCAUCCAAUUCAUAUUUUUGUUUACUGUCAGUAUUAUUUGUAUAUUAUUUUUUUAAGAGGCCACUUUCCUAACUGUAUCUGUACCAGCAUAUCCAUUAAUCAUGUAUCAAGUUGUAUAUAUCUACCUUGAUAAUCCUCUACCUGUAUUGUGCAUUUUAUUUAGACCAAAAUUAUUGCCACCUCCACCAAUUAUUGACAUUUAAUAAUAUAAAUAAAAAUAGCCUUUAUUCUCUAACUGCUAAAUACAUAUGAUAUACUUAAUACUAUUACUUAAUUUGUACACCAGAGCAGUCAGGUUGUCCUUCGACAUAGGCCUCCUCCAGACUUUGACUACACUACUCAAUGUCUAGUCUUUCCUCGCCAUCUUUUCGGCAGGUCUUCCUCCCAUCCUUUGUGUGGUUGUCCUGUCCUCCUUUUCAUUCAAUAUAAUGAAUAACAAAUGUGCAAAAUUGAAUAUUGCUGAAAGGUACAGUGGGAGAGUGGCCGCUACAAUAUUGCUUGCAUGAUGGUACUGCAUGAAAUUUGUCUGUAAAGCUGAGAGGGAUGAUAAUAUGGUGCAUUUAAAUGUUAGUUAAUUUAAAACAAAUGUCCACGUAGCUUUAACGCAAAUUUUAUGGGCAAAAGAGCGCAAUGAUUGAUUUGAUUCGAUGUGUUUUCAUAUGCAGAGGUUUGCUCAACAUGUUACAGAUAUAGUGGUGGUGAUAAACAAAUAAAAAAAUAAUUAUUGUCCAUAAGAUUAUGGCAUCGCGAGUGAAAGCGAACUAAAGCAUAACUUUUUAUAUUAUGUAUGUAAUGAUAAUGAUUAAAAUGCCAAUAAGGUUUAUUUUGUAAUUACUUAUUUUAAUUUAAAGAACUUACAUUAAUAAAUGAAUAAAAAGAAAAUCCAAGAAUUCUGUAAUGUAUGAUUGAAUUCAUUUGAAUAAAAAUAUAUAUUAAAAUGUUG